CCUGGCAAGAAUGGGUCUGCUUGAGUUACUACUUUGCUGUAGCCUGCUCUCCAUUGUCAUUGCAAAUGAAGAUCCUGUCCUGGGUGGGUUUCUAACUUUCACACCCAAGGGAAAGAAUUCAGAUGGAACAAUCAGGGUGGAUUUCAUUUACAAAAAGUCAUACCUCUACCCUGAGUCAUGUUCACCAACGUUUUCCUGGGGAUGCCAUAAUGGAGACUGUGGUACCAUAACCUCUUCUGAAUAUGGAGUAAUAGAUCCUGACCCCUCUGGAGUCUCCUGUCAAUUAGAGGGCGUCAUUACGAGAAGCUUACCAAGUGAUAAACCUUUUGACUUGCUAGAUCAAGGUUGUUGUUGGACCAACAAUACAGAAGAUCUUUUCUCGUGGAACAUGAUAGCUCAUGUAGAUCUGGGAGGACGAUCAGAUACUGGACUCCCCAACAAAUCUCCUAUAAUGACAAUGCCUCCACAAAUCAGGGUCCCCCAAAACUGUCCAACAACUUACAAUUUAUUGGACUAUGACCCAGAUGGUGAUAAUGUAAGAUGUCGAUAUGGAAUUAAAAACAAUUUGGAGUGUAGCACCUGCAAAACAGUUCCAGGCUUUACCCUAGAUGAGAAUGCCUGCAGUUUAUCAUUUUCUGGCUCAUCAUCACCUGGAGUACAUGUGUUUGAACUUGUACUGGAAGAUUUUCCAAGGCAAAACACCACAUUAAAAUACAAUGAUGGGACCUCCACUGUCAAAUACCCAGUGUCACUAAAUGCAUCUGAUCCACUGAGCAAAAUACCUCUUCAAUUUCUAGUUAUAGUUGGUGGUGCAGCGCCGUCCUGUGUUUUGGGGGAAUACAUACCAAAAUAUACAACUUCAACUCUUGCCCAUGGCACCUUCAUAAGGACGUCACUUGGUAAAGAAUUUUCGUUUCCUGUCUCCGCAGUAUCAACGAAAUCACAGAUAAAAGACAUCGAGAUCAGUGGGCCCCUAAACAUUGAAAAAACUUUUGAGUACAAUAAUGUCACUGGAGUUGGCAAGGCAAUGAUUAAGUGGACCCCAACUGUGAAUGACGUAGGAGAAGAUAUUCCCAUAUGUUUUAUUGCAGAAACUACAGCUGAGUAUCAUUCAGAACUAAGAUGCAUAAUAGUAGUCGUUGAAGAAAGCCAAACUGAAUCGGACAUUGAAUGCACUGACACAACAAUGACUCUGUAUGUUUCCAAGUCUUCAGUAAAUGGAUUUAAUGAAACUAAUUUACAUCUAAUCGACCCUUCAUGUUUGGUGACAACUAAUGGCUCCCACAUUAUUGCAAGUGUGUCUCUGAACUCCUGUGGAACGCAGGUUGAGGAAACAUUGGAUGACUUAAUUUUCAAAAACAAAAUGACGUCGUUUGCUCAACCUCAAGAUGUCAUAACCAGACAGCAUCAGUUUGAGAUACUGUUCAUUUGCAAAUUCCCCAAAAAGAGUCGACUCUCAUCCUCCUUCGAAGCACAGAAGCGUGAUUAUUUGUUCACAGAAAUCCCUUUUGACAACUUUACCUACGUGUUUCAGUUCUAUGACAGCAGUGCUUUUACAACAGUGAUAGACCCAAAGACUUACCCCAUAAUGGUGAAUCUAAAGGACAAGAUAUACAUGGGCAUCAAAGUGCAGUCAUCUCUGUCCAACAUUCGCCUGUUUGUGGAGUCCUGCAGAGCCACUCCUCAUGAUAAUCCCAAUGAUCCCAUCUAUUACGACAUCAUUACCAAUGGGUGCAUUACAGAUAAAACAACAAAGGUCUAUUCUAGCAGUCUAAAAGAAUUCAGAUUUGGACUGCAGGCCUUCAGUUUCAUUGGCAACUAUGAACAGGUGUACAUCAGCUGCACAGUUAUCCUGUGUGAAGCUGGGGAUCCCAAAACCAGAUGUGCCCAAGGCUGCACCAACACCAGCUACAGCCGACGCAGGAGAUCACUGGUUUCAGAGACCCAGAGACACUUCAUAUCCCAAGGGCCUUUGCGUCUUGAAAGGACCUAUUCAGGCAGCCCAGGUUCCAGUCUGAAUCUGAACACUCUGGUCAUCACUGUUGUUUUUAUUUGGCCAUUGUCCUGGUUGCUGGGGGUAUGAUCUACAAAGCAAAAGUGUCCAGGAAUCAUAAAAUGCUUUUUGAAUGUGCUUUACCCGACCAAAACAUUUGGAAAUAAUACAGUUGGGGUAUUUUAGUGGGAAUAUAAAAUAUGUAUAACUCCUAAUAGGUUGGUUAUUUGCAUAUUGGUGUAUAAGGAUGUGUCAGUACAUUUCUGGGAAAGUAAUAGAAUCGAUUCUAGGCAUAAUAACAUGAUCAAAUGGACUUUCAGCCUUAAUGAACUAUGGUUUGCUAUGGUUUUAAUUUCAGUUUCACACAGCUGCGACAUGGUCCAGAUUGACCAAAGUCUCAGAAACAAAUUAAGUCUGGGCUAUAAAGCAGAUACACCAAAAUAUGUGUACAGCGUUAAAGCCGGGUUGCUUAGCUGUACAAAAUUUUUAAAAAACACUUUUUUGUAUUGUCUAUGUUGUCUUUGUAUUUAUGUCACACCAACUGCAUCUUGUAAUUGCAGUUCUAUAAAUAUAUUAUUGUUAUUUA